CUCUCCCAAUCUUUCUUUCGACUAUUUUGUUCCUUUUCUCUUCCAUAACAACCAACGCAACGAUACAACCGCAGUCUUUGCCGAUUCGAUUGCUCGAUGGAAGCUACCGGACACGGCAGAUGGCCGCCGAGAGGGUGAUAGAGGCACGCGUUACCAAUGUAUGUCGAUACGCAAGAAAAUGCGGCGCGCGGAAGCUUCUUGUCUCAGUGCGGGACUGGACCUACGGUCCCCUUAUGCACGGCGACGAGGCGGUACGAUCGUCGUUCCUUUUGCUCAUAAAGUCUGGAAAAAGCCGGGCGCGCUGACCCAGCGACCGCCGUUACAUUCGGCUUUUUUUUUACUCUUUCAAGAUGAUCAGCGCGAGGCAAAAUCCGUUCCAUCCCAUUUGAUCGGCGGUUUCGAGAAAUAUCAAGAGCUGAAGAAUCGCAGAAGAAUUAAGUUUCAACACGGCACCGAAGUGUUAAGAGUCCAAAUUUUUCAAAAACAAUGUGAUUUGAGAGACGUAUUUUAG